AGGGGGUUAGAGGUUGCGAGACGGUUGGGAGAGCACAGGAGCUUUGACCGUUUCUCCGUGCUCUUUUUCUGUAGGGAUCGGUGGCUGCGGGGACAGCCCGGGGACUGGUGUAUGGCCACGGAGUUACGGUGUCCGGACUCCAUGCUCUGUCACAAUCAGCAAGUAAACUCUUCCUCGACCCAAAACCCCGAGCCGCAGCAACCUGGAGACCUGAUCCCGGCCCACGCUGGGGGAAACAGCGACUCCGCGGCCAAGCUGACUCUCCUCAGCGGGCACGCCAAUUCUAGCGUACCGGCUGAGCGGGACUCUCAGGCCUCCGGCGGCGCCACCCUCAGCUCAGAAAACAACGGUGGCACUGGCAACUAUGACGCUCCAGCCAGCGAUUCCCUCCUAGGGGACUGCGAAAUCUCCCGGCAGAUCGGGGCGCAGCUUAAGCUCCUGCCAAUGAAUGAUCAGAUCCGGGAGCUGCAGACUAUCAUCCGGGACAAGACAGCCAGUAGAGGGGACUUCAUGUUUUCUGCGGACCGUUUGAUCAGACUUGUUGUGGAAGAGGGAUUGAAUCAGCUACCAUAUAAAGAAUGCAUGGUGACCACUCCAACAGGGUACAAAUAUGAAGGAGUGAAAUUUGAAAAGGGAAAUUGUGGGGUCAGCAUAAUGAGAAGCGGUGAGGCAAUGGAACAAGGUUUACGAGACUGCUGUCGAUCCAUACGAAUUGGAAAGAUCCUGAUUCAGAGUGAUGAGGAGACACAAAGAGCCAAAGUAUAUUAUGCCAAGUUCCCCCCAGACAUUUACAGAAGAAAAGUCCUUCUGAUGUAUCCAAUUCUCAGUACUGGAAAUACUGUAAUUGAAGCUGUAAAGGUUCUCAUAGAACAUGGAGUUCAACCUAGUGUCAUUAUCCUACUCAGUCUGUUCUCUACUCCUCAUGGUGCCAAAUCAAUCAUUCAGGAGUUUCCAGAGAUCACAAUUUUAACUACUGAAGUUCAUCCUGUUGCACCUACACAUUUCGGACAGAAAUACUUUGGAACAGACUAAGUUAUUGGAGGAAAAUUAUUCUUCUGUGAAAUAUUGCAGUUAUGUUUUGAGUUUCUACCUGUUUGGCUAUUUCACUUAAGGAAUGACAUAGAAAAUUGUGUUAAAGAUACUUUGUAAUGUUUGGAAGUAGGUAUAGUAAAACGGAAAUACUUGA